UCGACGAAACUACCGACGUCGACGAAAUGUUUGACAGCCUUCUGUCAAACUCACUUUACUUGCUGGUGUGAACCCGUCCAUAUCUUUCUCUACUUCCGUGGUUCUUGUAUCAAGCUGUCACAAAAAUGACCAAGAAAAGGCGUAACGGAGGACGUUGCAAGCACAACCGUGGUCAUGUUAAGGCCGUGCGUUGCACUAACUGCGCUAGAUGCGUACCGAAGGAUAAGGCCAUCAAGAAGUUUGUGAUCCGAAACAUCGUCGAGGCCGCCGCCGUUCGUGAUAUUUCGGAUGCCUCCUGCUACUCGGCUUACGUGCUGCCCAAACUGUACGCCAAAUUGCACUACUGUGUAUCCUGCGCUAUCCACUCCAAGGUUGUGCGUAACAGGUCGAAGGAAGCGCGUCGUAUCCGUACGCCACCACAACGGGCUUUCCCCAAGGACAUGAACCGCCAGCAGAACCCCCAGCGCAAGUAAACAGUUUGUUGCAAGUACCAAGUACCCGAUGUUCAGGUACGGGCGGCAUGGUGAAAUACGAUAAGUUGUGUUUUCAUUAAUAUAGUUGGAAGACAGGAUAAAUAUAUCUUAAACACGA